AGUAGCGGAUUGGAAGUGUUCGCGAUCGUGUGCGCGCGUCGGUACGUACAACGCACAACGGGUCAGAUAGCUAGCGUCUCGUGCGACAAGCCGACGACCUAAUUCAAUCGUACGUACGGAAGUUACGUUGAGGUGAAAGGUGAAGACCUCCGUACAUCUUAUCGAACAAAAGAAAGCAAAACGAUUCGGCAGAUUCGAGUUGAAAUAAUCCGUAUCGGUAAGAAAAUGUUUGGAUACUAACAUUUAGUGCGUGACUCUGGAGUGUGUGUGACAGUGUGUGGUACAUUUACAUCACCAAGUACGAGCGGUAUUAGCAUAAUCUUCAAUAAACGGAUCUCCGUGAGCGGAAGGAGCAACACUUACAUAAGGUUGUUGUGUUGUGUUGAUAAACCGUUCGCACACACGCUCAAACGAAGUUCACCAGUGAUGUUGAAGUAACAGAAUCAAAAUAAUUCGACCUGGUGCACAACCAGCCCGCCGACCCGUUUAGACGUGAUGCUGAGUUCUGAGCGUACAGUUUAGAGUGGUUUACCUAGGCAAGUGGUCAAGUGGCUGCUGGUUUGAUCGACAGGUAGUAGCGAUCGGUCCUGAGGCGCUUGAGCCGGAGUGCCAAAACAAAGCUCGUUAGUGUUUGCAAUCUUUUAAGCUAGUACGCGUGAGGUGUAAAGUGUCCAUCAGGUCCCGGAGGUAGCUGCAAGAGAAGACUGGAGCUGGUUCGCCGUGUCCAGCAGUGUUUGUGUUGUUGUGUUUGGCACUGCGCUUCUGGCCGUCUAGCCAGCGUGAUAACCAUCAAUUAGGGCUAAUGCAAAUUACACGAGCAGCGGGACGAGACCAGAACAAUGAUUAAUAUGCAGCAAUUACUGAUGACCGCGGUUCGCUGCAGCCGGUGGCCAGUGGGCGGUGGCGCACUCGUACGGCGUCGUCCGUCCGGCCGUGUCGCCCACGUGUCGCUGCUGCUAGCGCUGCUGACGGUGCUCGGUACGGUGAAGCACUGCGACGGCUAUCUGGACGACCGGCAGCCGGUGUAUCUGGAGGCGAAGAUCGGUUCGUACGUGAUACUGGACUGUCCGGUCGAUUUUCCCCAGGACGAACCCAUACCGUACGUGCUGCACUGGAACAAGGACAACAAACCCGUUUUCACGCUGUACGACGGUGUACUGAACGCUUACGAAACCUUCAUUGGACGUGUGACGCUGCUCAACAACGACAUUCUGUACGGCAAAGCAUCGCUCAACCUAACCUCAAUACGUGAAAGCGACAACGGCUGGUACGAGUGCAAAGUGAUCUUCCCGAACCGUGUCCCAAACAAGCGCAACAAUGGUACCUGGUUUCACAUAUCCGUGCUCGGUGGCACAUUGCUUCGUAUUCCACCCGUCAACCAAACCGUGCUGGAAGGCGAUCCGGCCUUUUUCCACUGUGUCGUACAGAACCCGGAAACGAUGUUCGUCGAAUGGUACAAGGAUAAUGUGUCCCUGCUCGAGUACUACGACCUAUCACACCGUUCGAUGAUGGGUCCGGAUGGCAGUUUGACGAUCAACCCAACGCAGAUGAGCGAUCUCGGAUUCUUCACGUGCGAAGUGCGCAACACUGCCAACGAUACGCAAUCGGCUAGUGCGUACCUGAAUGUGCAGUAUAAGGCAAAGGUGGUCUAUGCACCGAAGGAGGUAUACAUACCGUUUGGUGAGUCGGCCGUGUUGGACUGUCACUUCCGAUCGAAUCCACCGUUGAAGAAUCUCCGAUGGGAGAAGGAUGGGUUCCUGUUUGAUCCCUAUAAUGUACAGGGUGUAUUUUACAACCGGAACGGUAGCCUUCAGUUCGACAAGGUGGACGACUCACACGCUGGCCGAUACUCUUGCACACCCUACAACGACCUCGGCACCGACGGACCCUCGCCGAUCAUAAACGUGAUCGUACAGCGACCACCCUUUUUCACCAUCAAACCGAAGCUCGUGUACGUCACCAAGAUGGGUGGAACGGUCGAGAUGCACUGUGACGCCCGUGAUCGGGACGGUUAUCACAUACCACAGAUAACCUGGAUAAAGAAAGAUGGAAGUCUGCUUCCCUACGGUCGGUUCUCUGUCAACGGAGGUAACCUAACGAUCGAGGACAUUGUCGAGUCAGAUCGAGGCAUUUACGGCUGUCAGGCGACAAACGAAGCCGCCACCGUAACGGCCGAUGCUGAGAUAAUGAUAGAAAAUGUGUCACCCCGGGCACCGUACAAUCUGACCGGCAACAGUACCGACACGUCCAUCACGAUUCGAUGGGCUCCGGGAUACAUUCGGCAGUAUCUGGAGUACAUCAUCUGGUACCGGUUAGCGGACGCUCCGGAAUGGCGAACGUUGAAGGUGAACAACAAACACAUCCUGGAGGCAACGAUCACGAACUUGCAGCCGGCGCGGGAGUACGAGUUCAUGGUACUGUGCCAGGACAACUAUGGCGAUGGGAUGUUCAGUAAAGCGUUCCGCUACUUCACCAAACCGACUGAGUUUGAGCAACCGGAAAAUGGUCUGCAAGAUGCGCUGCUGCAGUUUAGCCAGAUUGGAUCGCCGCGAAACUUCAGCGUGCGCAAGGAGCAGGACAACUUCGUUGCACACUGGGAACCACCGGAGCUGGGGCUGGAUCAACUUCGUUUCUACAUUCUGCGUUGGUGGAUCGAACCACAGCACAAACUGUACGGAAGUGCAGAAACAUCCGAGACUCGUUACAUUCUCGACAACCUGGACGAAGACUUUCUGUACACGUUCCAGGUGUUUGCGUUAUCGACGACCAACUACACGAGUGGCAGCAACGAGUACGAAGUUUACGUUUACCCUUACCGGCGCGUUAAGGUGAUGACGGUCAGCGGUGUUCUUAUACUGCUGUUCUGUCUCGCGGUCAUCAGCACGCUGCUCUACAUGAAGCGGAAUCGGAUUCGAAUGCUGCGUGAAGCGGAAAAUGUGAAAAUAUGAGCGCCAUUAGGUGAAGUUCAACUAGCCCAUAAACGCAUAGUGGAAUUAAAAAACGAACACUUAUACACACACACAGUCAGAUACACAUCAUACACUCGUCCGAAGUCAUAAAAGAAACGUGCCGUUCUAACAAAUUGUCUGCAUCGUCAUUUCUGGGAUGUAACCGACCCGACUGGUUGUGCUACACGAAAUGUCCCACUUUCGAUACUGACCUGCCGUAAACCAGCUGCCCUCAUCCGGAAAGUAGAUGUAGUGCUAGUAGUGCUAGCGUUCUCGUUGCUCGUAGACAUACGUUUAGGAAGCGAAGGAAGCAUGAACUGUUAAGCGCGGGCUAUUAAAGUUAAAAACUAUUAAUCGAAAAACGUAUACAAGCUUAUGACGUUGCCGCUGCGUGCUAAAAUAGAGGAAAGAGAAACAAAUAGUAACGUGUAUCGUGGAAUAGAAGUACGUUUUGUUUGUUUUUAGUGCGAAUCAAAGAGAUCUUGUCAUUACUAAUAAUAAACGAAUUAACGGUAAGAA